CAGGGACCCCCCUGCAACACCCCCAGCACCACUGGCAGCUGGAGUGGCCGAUGCUGCUGGGGUGAAAUAUCCAGGUGGGCUAGAGGUCAACUGUGGGACAGAGGUUGGCCAUGGGAUGGAGAUCGGCUGUGCGAUGGAGAUUGGCCAUGGGAUGGAGAUCCUAAUUUCCCUGGCCAGAGGAAUGUGCUCUUCCUGGGCCUCUUCCUGGCUGAGCGCUCGUCUCUGGCCGCUCUCUCCCUGCUCCCCCUGGCUGCAGCUAUUCCACUGGGAAGGCAGUGGGUUCCCGGGAAGAGUCCGGCUGGCAGGACAGCCCUGCCCCGGCGUGGGGGCCGCCAAGGUGCCAACUACGGAAUGUUGUACUUUUUAUCUCGCCAGCUUGGCGGCGACAGCGGCAGCAGCAGCGAGAGCAAAGCACAGGGCCCGAAGGGAGGCGGCAGCGCCGUCAAGGUUCGGCACAUCCUGUGCGAAAAGCACGGCCGGGCCAUGGAGGCCAUGGAGAAGCUGAAGUCCGGACAGCGCUUUAGCGAGGUGGCGGCACAGUACAGCGAGGACAAGGCCAGGCAAGGGGGAGACCUGGGCUGGAUGACCAGAGGCUCCAUGGUGGGACCAUUCCAGGAGGCAGCAUUUGCCCUGCCUGUGAGCAGCAUGGACAAGCCCGUGUACACGGACCCUCCUGUCAAGACCAAGUUCGGAUACCACAUUAUCAUGGUGGAAGGCAGAAAAUAAAAUGUGAAUGACCAUGAUGACCUUGUUGACUGCUUGAAUCCCGAGUCCCAGACACCUUGGCCUUGGAGCAAGUUGGGCACAACCAGCAACAUGCCUGGAGGCAGCUGGCUGUCCUUGCCACUGUGCUAGCAGAGCAGAGCCCUGCCUGAAGAGCUCCACCUUGCCCACUCAGAGCUGGGGGAAGAGACUGGAUAAUUCAGAGCCUCGAAACCAGCCACAGCUCCAGCAGCAGACACCAGCUUUGUUUACAGGUGAGCACCAUGCACAGAGCUCAGACAUGAGGAGGAAACAUCAAAGAAGAAAAGGUCCUUCUCUUCCCUCCCUUUUCAGGGUGUUGGUUUUGCUGAGUAUGGAAUGCUCAGAGAAGCCAGUGAAUGGCUUGCAGUGGAGGGCAGACAGGCUGCCCAGAGCAGACACUGCCCCAUGUAAAGGUGCUCUGUUAAUAAACCACUUGUUUCCAGGCUAGCAGAGCCCUGUUCUUUCUUUUGGCAAAAAAACCGCUGACACAACUGCACCCGCAAAUCUGCCGCGUUUGCUGUGGUUCCGAAUACAAAGAGCUCCUCUCCCAAACUGCACAGCU